UGGCUCCAGAGUAUGGAAUGGAAGGAAUAGUUUCAACAAGAGGGGAUGUUUACAGUUUUGGAAUUGUAGUGAUGGAAACAUUCACAAGAAGGAAGCCAACAGAUGAGAUGUUUGUUGGAGAGAUGAAUAUCAAGCAAUGGAUUACAAAAUCACUAUUACCAGAUGCAAUAAAAGAUGGAGUUGUGGAUGGUAAUUUACUUGGGACAGAGCAGGAAGAUGAUGAUUUUGUGAGCAAGAGGGAUUGUUUAUCAUCCAUUAUGAGAUUAGCUCUCGCUUGCUGUGCAGAAUCACCAGAAGAGAGGAUAAAUAUGAAAGAAGCUGUAGCCACACUCAAGAAAAUCAGGACAAAGUUUCUGAAGGACAUUGCAGGAGGUGUUCUGUUAAACCAUCCUCUUGUUCAGCACUUCAAUUAAUGAAUUCUAUGACAUAUAUAUUUCAUGCACUUUGACUUUUAAUUUCUGUCUUUAAUUGAUGGACCAAGUCAUGCUUUUUGUUUUGAUGUUUAACUGAUUGUAUGCUGGAGACUAGACUAAUUGUACUACAAUUU